AAGAGAAAGUAAUAUUUCCGGGUUAUACGGCUGGCGACCUUGGGGAAAAAUCAGCGCAGUAUGGCUUCUCUCGUUAGGUUGAGUUCACUCUACGCAAGGGGGGUUAAACCUCUCUUUCUCAACAGGUGCCUGCUUGCCAGGCCAUUAGUCGCAUCCGGGAGUAACAAUAAGGAGUCCCCUGCUCUGUUGCUGUCUCGCAUUCAUGUCUCUCCUAACGUUUAUGCUGUUUCUAAGUCUGCAUCUCAGCACUGGAGAAAUGAGAAAGCUCUGACUGUUGUGCUAUUCAGCCUUUUUCCUGCAGCAUUCAUAUGUCCUGGUCCUGUUGUGAACUAUUCUCUGUCUGCGGUCAUAGCCCUUCACAGCUACUGGGGUCUUGAAAAUAUUAUAACAGAUUAUGUCCAUGGGUCAGCAACUUUUAAAAUGGCCAAAGUAGCCAUCUUAGCCCUAUCAGCCACCACAUUUGCUGGCCUCUGCUACUUCAAUUAUAGUGAUGUAGGCAUCUGUAAAGCUGUUGCCAUGCUGUGGAGUAUCUAAUUAUUGAUGGUCGCAUAACUUAAGUGUACAGUAAAGAGUUAAACAUUUAUACCCUUUAAUUUCAGCAAAACUGUUUUUGCAAACAUAAUUCAUAAACCAUAAUUAUCUUAGAAAAUGUAUCCUUUGUUGGUAAAUGUUGCUGUCUUUUCUCUGCUGGUAAAUGCUACCAUUUUCUGUAUUGCAGUACAAGACUAUAAAUGACAUUUAUGGAAAUGUGAUUAAAACAUUUACUGUGAAUUAUU